AUGACAGAGGCCCUGAUGGCGUCGGGGCCGGCGAGCCGCUCCGAGGACGAGGAGCCGCUGGCGGGGCCCAAGCGCAGCUCGUCGCAGGCGCCGGGCGCCGUCCCCAAGCGCCGCAGCUCCUCGCGGUUCAUCAAGCGCAAGAAGUUCGACGAUGAGCUCGUAGAGAGCAGCCUGGCCAAGUCGUCGAGCCGCGCCAAGGGCGCCGUCGAGGCCGGCCGCUGCUCGGGCAGCGAGCCUUCCUCCAGCGAGAAGAAGAAGGUGGCCAAGGCCGUGUCGGCCCCCGCCGCGGCCAGCCCGGUGCCGCCCGCCGGCCUCGCCAAGCGCAUGAAGAAGAGCAAACAGCCCCCGCAGGUGACCAAGGACCUGGGCCGCUGGAAAGCCGCCGACGACCUGCUGCUCAUCAACGCCGUGCUGCAGACCAACGACCUGAGCUCUGUGCACCUGGGGGUGAAGUUCAGCUGCCGCUUCAACCUGCGCGAGAUCCAGGAGCGCUGGUACGCGCUGCUCUACGACCCCAUCAUCUCCAAGCUGGCCUGCCAGGCCAUGCGGCAGCUGCACCCCGAGGCCAUCGCCACCAUCCAGAGCAAGGUGCUGUUCAGCAAGGCCGAGGAGCAGCUGCUCAGCAGAGUGGGCUCGAGCAGCCAGCCCACGCUGGACACCUUCCAGGAGCUGCUGCACAAGCACCCGGACGUCUUCUACCCGGCGCGCACAGCCCGGGCGCUGCAGCUGCACUGGCAGCUCAUGAAGCAGUAUUACCUGCUGCACGACCAGACCGUGCAGCCGCUGCCCAAGGGGGACCAGGUGCUGAACUUCUCGGAUGCUGAGGACAUGCUGGAUGACAACAAGCUCAAGGAUGUGCGGGACGAGGUGCUGGAACACGAGCUGACAGUGGCCGACCGGCGCCAGAAGCGGGAGAUCCGGCAGCUGGAGCAGGAGCUGCACAAGUGGCAGGUUCUGGUCGACAGCAUCACAGGAAUGAGCUCCCCGGAUUUCGACAGCCAGACGCUGGCCGUGCUGCGCGGCCGCAUGGUCCGUUACCUCAUGCGCUCGCGGGAGAUCACGCUGGGCAGAGCCACCAAGGACAACCAGAUCGACGUGGACCUGGCGCUGGAGGGGCCGGCCUGGAAGAUCUCCCGCAAACAGGGCAUCAUCAAGCUGAAGAAUAACGGGGAUUUCUUCAUCGCUAACGAGGGCCGGCGCCCCAUCUACAUCGACGGGCGCCCCGUGCUCGGGGGCAACAAGUGGAAGCUCAACAACAACUCGGUGGUGGAGAUCGCCAGCCUGCGCUUCGUCUUCCUCAUCAACCAGGACCUCAUCGCCCUCAUCAAGGCGGAGGCGGCCAAAAUGGCCCAGCAGUGACGAGGGGCUGGGACUGCCCUGUGCCCCCUGCUCCCAGCCCCAUAGGGAGAAUGGGGGGGCCUGGACCCCCUCCCUGGCAGCUGGGGGUUCCUAGAGACCCUCCCAGACAUCUGGGGGUCCCUGAGCCCCCUCGCUGGCAGCUGGGGGUCCCUGGGGCCCUUUGAUGGGAGCCGCAGCCCCCAGAUGUGCUCUG